AUGGCUCCAACGUCAAACAAAUGCGUCUCGUUCCCAACGAUCAAGGAGAUUCGAACAUUCUUGACCCAGGGACCAGGCUCUGGAGGAGACUACCACAAUGUCAAAGGCGGCCACUGGUUGAUCGACUCAAAGAUCUCGACGCCGAUGUCAGGCUACGAAGAGUACCGCAAGUCACGUACAAGUUGGGGUAUCAAUGUACUAGGAUCCUUCUGUGUCGAGAUAGAAGCCACAGAUGGAACGAAAGGGUUUGCCACUGGCUUUGGUGGCCCUCCAGCAUGCUGGCUCGUAGCUGAGCAUUUCACUCGCUUCUUGAUCGGAGCUGAUCCUCGCGAUACCAACCAUCUCUACGAACAGAUGUACCGCGGAUCGAUGUUCUACGGUCGUAAAGGUUUGCCCGUUGCAGUCAUCAGUGUACUGGACCUUGCAAUCUGGGAUCUGCUGGGCAAGAUCAGGAACGAGCCCGUGUACAAGAUGAUUGGAGGUGCCACGCGCAAGCGUUUGGACUUUUACUGCACUGGUCCAGCUCCGGAGGCCGCAAAGUCGAUGGGCUUUACCGGUGGAAAGGUGCCUCUUCCGUACAGUCCUGGCGAAGGUGUUCAGGGAAUGAUCAAGAACGUCGAGUUCUUGCGUAAGCAUCGAGAGGCAGUUGGUCCAGACUUUCCGCUGCGAGUGGACUGCUACAUGAGUCUCAACGUGCCAUACACCAUUGAGCUCGUGGAGAAGUGUAAAGAUCUCAAUAUCGACUGGUGGGAGGAGUGCUUGUCUCCUGACGAUUUUGACGGUCAUGCUUUGCUCAAGCGUGCGCACCCCACAGUGAAGUUCACCACAGGAGAGCACGAAUACAGCAGAUACGGCUUUCGCAAGCUCAUCGAGGGCCGCAACAUCGACAUCCUGCAGCCCGACGUGAUGUGGGUCGGCGGAAUGACCGAACUGCUGAAAGUGUCCGCCAUGGCCGCCGCGUAUGAUCUGCCGGUGGUGCCUCAUGCCUCCGGACCUUAUUCGUACCACUUCGUGGUCGCCCAGACCAACUCGCCUUUUCAAGAGUACCUGGCGAACUCUCCAGACGGGAAGAGCGUCUUGCCGGUUUUCGGCAACCUGUUCACCAACGAGCCGAUCCCUACACGCGGCUACUUGGACGUGUCGGAGCUUGACAAGCCCGGUUUUGGUCUUGAGAUCAACCCAGCGGCUGGCCUCAUAGAUGCGACUAAGGUGCUGAAUCCAGCCCCGUCGAAGUCGUUGGAGGCUCCGACGGAUGGUGAAGGGUCAGACCCCAAGGCGGCAUCAUAG